AUUAUUUCAUAAUAUAAAACCAAAAGCACAAAAGCAGCUUUAACUGUUUUAUGUUACAAAAAUUCAAGAUGUGUCGUUACAUAAUAGCGUUUUACAAUCGUUACAAAAACAAAAUGUAUUGUUCCACGUUCGUAUUUAAUGAUGACACCGCGAGUUAAAUGUGUAAUAGAUAACAGGAUUAUGUGAAAAGUGUUGUGUGUAAGAGAAAAUGGUAAAUGACGCACAAUUAAAAUCGCCACCAAAAUCGGAUGUGCACGGAGCGAUACGCACAGACAAUGAUGUAAAUAUUGAUAGGGGUGUUAAAAUAUUGGAGUACAAGGGCAUACUCUGGACAUGUGGUUUGCGACAAAUAUGUUUAGCUGCAUUAUGGCUUCCGCUGGGUGCUUUAAUAUUUUGUUACGUGACAGCCUCUAUGUUCCAGGCAGAUGAUAUACACGAAACACAUUGUAAAGUUUACAAUGUGGUCCCGUCAAUAAGUGCAAUUACCGGUAUUAGUCCACAAAGGUAUAUUUGGAGGAUAUGCAUCGCGUUUCAUUUAGGACCAAGAUUGUUAAUAGGAUCCCUGUAUUACAAUUAUCAUAAGGAACGAAAUAGUUUUAUUGGGGAUGAAAAGGUACGAGUGCAGGCAAAUAAACUGGGAGAGGCUUGCUAUUGGCUCAAUUUGAUAGAGUUAUUAGCACUUACGGGCGUCACCUAUGUAUCUAACAGAGAAAACUAUUUUGUGCAUGAGAAAAUUUUCAUAGUUUUUAUGAUUGUUGCGUUAUUGCACAUGCUGUGUCGAGGAAGAGUGGGCGCCAUCGGAGCUGACUCGGUGACCCCCGUGCGGACCAAUAAUAUAGUCUGGACGCUAUUUUACGUGGCUGUGGCGUCGACUGUAGGGCUAGUCGUGUUUUUCUUGAGACACCGCCUUUUGUGCCGACCUCUAGCUUUCACAUGGUUCUCAGUCUGCGAAUACAUUCUGGCUACCACGAACAUGGCUUUCCAUGCGAUCGUGGUGCGCGACCUGCCACUUCACCAUCUCCAAGUUGUAUAUCCUGACCACAAACGAAACUAGUUGCAUCUCAUUCGGUUUCCAUAAUUUCAGUAUUUCUAUCUCACUAUGUAUAAUAAUAAUUAAGUUGUAGUAUAUAGAAUAUAAACACGACGCUAAAACCUUAGAACGAUAACAAUAAUAAUACAAUUAUUAGUGACUACCUAGUAACACUAAUAAACUAGCGAAAUAAAGUAAUUAUUUCACAGGUGAAUUGCAAACUAAAAUUAGAAUCUAAGUUAAGAUACCUCGAAAAAAUAGUGAUUUUUAAUAGUUAUAUUGUUUAAGAAUCGCUUUAAGAAUCUUCCUUCUGUAAUAUAGUUUAUACAAGAAUAGUGUAGUAUUAAUUAUCACAAUAAUUCGACAAUGGGUGGCAAAUUUUUUGACAGCUGCUGAAGCUAGUAAGUAGUACCUAGUUGUCACCAAAAAUCAUUAAUUUUCGCAAAUAGGUAGUUCAUUGGCUGUGAGUUUGGACUUUGGGAGUCGUUGCUGCUGGUAAGAGCCACGGUAAAUACGUAGACAAGCUAGUUUUCGUAAUUUAAGUAUUAAAAUGCUUGUAGACAAUAUGGAAAUUCGCUUUGAACAUAUGAGAUAGUUCAACAUUAUGUACGUUAUGAUUGAUUUAGAUUUUAUAGAACAAAAAUUAGCAAGAUCAGUUCAUUGAAAAUCGAAGGACCAAAGUGAAUAAUCUUGCCUAUACUUGCAUACAUAUCUCUAUCUGUAUUAUUAAAAGAUAAGUUUAUUUUUGAUUCGAAUCCGAAUGUAUUGGUGCAUACGUCGGUGUAUGUACUUACCUCCAAAAAAAAAAAACUAAAAUGCCAAAAAAGUUUUUGUUGUCCUUUUGGUUGUUUGUAGAAUUGUUGUUUUUGAUGUUACUUAUCUUGACACGCAUAAAUUUGGAAAAUGAUAUUUGUAUAAGGUAUCUCGGGGAAGUUUGUUACAAUUAAAUAAAUUAAGCAAUAUUAUUCUAAGAUUGUAAAGAAGAAGAUAAUACGUGAUUUUUUGUAAAUUAUUGUAUUGUUACACAAUUAUCACAAUUGUGCUAGUAAAUUUUAAUACACGUUUUAAGAUUUGAAUUAAAAUUACACUAACCUAAAUAUAAUUAUUAUAUCGUUAUGAAAUUAAAUUAGAAGCUAGUGAAAAUCGAAUAUAUUGUCAUUGUGAAAAUCGAAAAGUAAUGUAAUUCAAACCUAAAUUUAUUUAUAAUUGGCGCCAUGUUGUUUUUUACUUCCACAAACAUUACUGAUACUUAUCUGACCUGUUUUGAUACAUAAUCUAAUUUAUUUAAUGCUUUACAUUAUAACUUAUUAUACAUUAGUACACUAACAACUUAAACCCAUUUAAUGAGUAGGUACCUAUGAUUUAGAGAAGAUUUAACUUGAAACACAAAAACUAGGUGGGUACAUGGUUAGCAUAGCGAAAGAUGUAAUAAAGACCAACAUUUGAUAUUUGAUCCUUAUUUGUAUUAUAUACUUACAUUUGACCGAUGAUACAAUAGUACAACAAAACGCUAUAAAAUUGCAAUUUUGCCGUUUAGUGUUGGAAGAAAAAGCACCUCUUCCCAUGAAGGGUCCGCGUUUAUGUUUUGUUUUUAUCUACCCGUUCUAGUAAGCUCAAGGGGUCAUGUUUGAUUCACCGAAUGAAUAGAUGAGCUCACGGGGCUCUAACCUGUGGACUUUGCUAACACUAGCCCUACCAAGAGUGGUGCUUCUUAGAAUCUACCACCGGAUCGGAAACGCGACCUA